AUGCUUCCCGUGUAUCGGCAUCUGGGCGUGGCAGCGUUCCGUGUCGUCGGAGCAUUGGCACAGUCGCCGGUGCGGGGGCCAGACCCCGCCCGCAAGGCCAACUUGGGGGACAUGGUGCAACAGCUCCGGUUGCGGGUGCCGGGGUUGCUCCACCACCUGUUGCCAAAACUGAUGGUGAGUCCCGACGUGGUGCUCCGGGUGUGUCCCACUCAGUACCACGGCUACCUCCCCCAAUUGAAAGGACACGUCCCGUAUUACGCCACCUGCAAGGCGCUCCAAUUGGUGCUCUCGCUGGUGGUGCUCAAUUCCCGGGCCCGCAUCCACAUCCAGCUGCUUAAGAUCGGCACCGAUGAUACCCCGCUGACGUUGAUCCCCGGGUCGACGAAAAUCGGCAUCAAAUGGACCACGUGUGACCCCCGGUGCCCUCACCUCGACGGUGAGCUGUCGCUGGCGGCUCGGCUCGGCUCGCACACGUGGAAGGGGGUUGACUUUACUGGUAGCGUUGGUCUUGGUGCUCUAAAAGGCCUUGUAUCAAAUCCUACCGACUUGGACCGCGUGAUUCUGGGAGUGUUUGUGUUUGAGCUCAAUCCCCAGUGCGACCAGAUCCUUGUCCACUCCAUUGAAGACGUCGAGACGUUGGAAAAGGAGAUGGGGAUGGCUUCUCCACGUCUCCAACGAGCCGUCAACUUGUAA